CACUAAUAAUGAAUCUUCAUUAAAAGAAACAAUAUCUAAUGAUUCUACAACAUUGUUAAUUGAAGAAAUUUUUGACUUAAAAACUGAAGAAAAUUCAGAGUCUUCCGCAGUAAAAAUUGCCCAAGCUGAUUCUCUUGAUAAUUUGGAUUAUGAUCUAUGUGAC